AUGGUGUGCGAAGUUUGCCGCGGACGUGGAUCUGUGCCAUGUCCGGAAUGUGAGAAGAAAGAGGAGCCGGAGGAUAAGUUGAUCGCUUGUGCGGUUUGCCACAACUCCGGAUGUGUACCCUGCCAAAAGUGCCAAGGCCUCGGGAACAAUGCAUGUGAUUCAUGUUCGGGUCGCGGCCAAUUGAAAGCUUAUCUGGAAGUAUCCUCGGAGAUCCGCACGGAGGAGAGCAAAGACACGGUGGAAGCGGGUGGUUUGACGCAUGAGUACUUGCAGCUGCUGGAGGGCGAGAUCGUGUACCAGUACGCUUUGAACUUUGCUUUUUGAUGUGUGUAGAGCGGAGGGAUCGCGUCUGAUUCCUGCGCAAGCCUAUCAGGACGAGGAGGUCAUCCGCGGCGUGAUGAAGCUGUUGGAAGAUACCGCGCAGCGAGAGCGCGAGUACGAAGUUCUGCUGCGAUGGCAGAAGCUGGUGGUGGGAAUGGUGCCGAUCCGAGUGUUGCAUUGUAAGAGUGGAGAUGUGGAGUUCUUUGCGGAUGUCUUCGAUAAGGAUAUGAAAGUGUUCUGUCCCGAUUUCCCAGUGCAGAAAUGCGCGUGGUUCAGUAACUUGAAGCAUUCUUGCAGCAUUAUGUAGACUUU